ACCAUAAUUACAAUCUAGAACUUAGCGUACCAAAUCACUGCCCCAAAAAGAGCCAGAGAUCUUCUAACAACACAACCCAGGGUACAACGAGGCACUGUGUUUGCAACCUCGAAAAAAGUUGGGAAUCAAUUUCUCUCAUUUUUCUCUUCUUCUUCUUCUUCUUCUUCUUCCUCCUCUUGUUGCAGAGCCAGAAAGUAGGGAGAGAAAGCCACAAUUUGUAGAGAGAGAAAGAGAGCGAGAAGAAUGUCUUUAACGGGUGUGAAAAUGUCCGAGGACGUUUGGUUGACAUGUCUCACUCAUGCAUUGUCCACCGAGACCGAGGAGAUCAUGGGCCUCCUUCUUGGUGAUAUUGAGAACUCUGUAAAUGGAGGUGUGACUGCACUAAUUUGGGGAGCAUCACCUCAAACACGAUCUGAUCGGAGGAAGGACCGUGUGGAGACUAAUCCUGAGCAGUUGGCUGCUGCAUCAGCCCAGGCCGAAAGAAUGACAACGUCAACAGGAAGAACAACUAGGGUGAUUGGGUGGUACCAUUCGCAUCCUCAUAUUACGGUUCUUCCUUCCCAUGUUGAUGUGCGGACACAGGCAAUGUAUCAACUUCUAGAUUCUGGGUUCAUUGGGCUUAUAUUUUCCUGUUUUAGUGAAGAUAUAAACAAGGUCGGACGAAUCCAAGUAAUUGCUUUUCAGUCCUCAGAUGGGAAGCAGCAUCACAUGUCAAGACCUAUAUCUUUAUCUCCUGUAAAUAAAAGUCCAGUUAUAGAAGUUGAAUCAUCUUUAAGUACCUCUGAAAAUGAACCUGCAAGAUCCUUUAGAGCAGAGUGUCCUGAACAAGACACAGCUGAUUCAAGAACUUCUGGAACUAUAAAGGGUGGGGGACGAUCUUCAGACCUGGGGCUUUUGUUUGCUAAUGCUGAUGCAAAUCAUCUAGAAAAAGAAAGAAUUGGAGGAAACCACCACACUAACACUUCAGACAUCAUCAUUGCCGAUAUAGAUCACAUGGAUAUGUCAGAGAGCAUGCAAGAAGCAAUGCACCGUUCGAAUUUGGAUAUGAGUGGUGCCGAGUAUGUCAGGAAAGAAGUUCCUCUCCAUGUUUUACCGACCUCGUCUCUUAUUAAACUCGAUUCACCAUUAUUGUCAUUUACGGAAUUGCAACGAGUACUGUAUGAAGAGGAGCGAGCAGCAUAUAACCAAGCUAUCUCACAAAAUAUGAGGGAUGGGAAAGUGCAUCCACUUACUUACAUACAUCACACAUCAAUGUACCAGGCUUCCAUGUGCAAAUUAAUUGAAUAUUGUUUAAGUCCUGCCAUAAAUGCACUGCAGUGUCGGUUAAGAGAGAAUGAAAUUCGGUUAGCAAUGCUCACUGAAGAAGUGAAGAAUUUGGAGACCGAGACACAUAGAGCAAGCGAGCAAAGUUCAGGAUCUCCUCGUCAAGUUCCAUCGCCUCGUCAAAUUUCGUCGCCUCGUCAAGUUUCGUCGCCUGUACCCCGAGGAAGUACUCCUUUAGGUCACAGGGACUUGUUUAGUCCAACUGAAUCAAUCAGUGCGAGAGGUCUAGCUGGUUCUGGUAGUCGAAGCCGAAAAGGAUCAUAAUGCAAUCUCAAAGCAAUCCUCUGGUGUGCACGUUGUAGAUUAGCUUGAGCGUGUUGGUUUACAUAAACUAGUUUUGCUAAAAUGGAUUGCGCCAUGUAUGAAAUGUGUUUUGAAAUUUGCAUCUGGUGUAGGCGCAACCUGUAUGGUGUAUGCAGGUAUAAUGAGAAGUUAAAUGGAAUUCAAUUGUGGUUUUAUAUAUGGCAUUUGGGAUUUGAACAAA